AGGCUGCAGCCAGCGGUGGUUGGAGGAGUAGGAAGGUGGCGCCCGGAGGCUUCUGUUUAGGAUCGGUUUAGGGGAGCAGGCUGCCACCUGGGGGACUAGGCUCUAAGAAGAAGACCCGGCCGGCUGUCACUGAGCUGCGACCCUCCCCGGGAAGGGCGGGGCGGGCAGUUACCUCAUCGCCGCCUCCGGGAGGCCCUGCUCGCUUGCUCGCCCGCCCGCCCGCCUGCGCGGCCGACUCUGGCGGCGGCUCUCGAGCGACAAGGGGACGGAGCUACGGGCGGGGGCGGGUCUGCACCGCGCCGGGCGCGCUCUCCCUGCGGAGCUGCGGGUGCGUCCGCCCGCUCCAUCCUCCGGCCUGGCCUCUUGUGGCUCAGGUGCUGUAGGCGGCGCGAUGCGGGAAUCUCGGGCCGGGCAGGCAAGGCGUAGUACGGGCUCAUGAAGGUCCCCGGUGCCAGGCGCGGAAGCGCGGCCCAGCCAUGGGCGGCAGCCUGCGGGUGGCUGUUCUGGGUGCUCCGGGAGUGGGCAAGACCGCCAUCAUCCGCCAGUUCUUGUUUGGUGACUAUCCUGAGUGCCACCGACCCACGGACGGUCCCCGCCUCUACCGGCCCGCGGUGCUGCUCGACGGAGCUGUCUACGACCUGAGUAUCCGCGACGGUGACGUCGCUGGACCCGGCUCGAGCCCCAGGAGUCUUGAGGAGUGGCCGGACCCUAAAGACUGGAGCUUGCAGGACACAGACGCCUUCGUGCUGGUCUACGACAUCUGCAGCCCCGACAGUUUCGACUAUGUGAAAGCCCUGAGGCAGCGCAUAGCGGAAAACAGGCCGGCGGGAGCGCCAGAGGCACCCAUCCUGGUGGUAGGCAACAAGCGGGACCGUCAGCGGCUGCGCUUCGGACCUCGUCGUGCACUGGCCACCCUGGUCCGCAGGGGCUGGCGCUGUGGCUACCUCGAGUGCUCAGCCAAAUACAACUGGCACGUGCUGCGUCUCUUCCGAGAGCUUCUGCGUUGUGCUUUGGUGCGCACACGUCCUGCGCAUCCCGCCCUGCGCCUGCAGGGGGCGCUGCACCCAGCGCGCUGCAGCCUCAUGUGAUCAGAUUGGACGGGGAAAUCUCCAGGCUGGCUCCUACCCGGACUCCUGGCCUUCGGGCUAUUCUUUGACCUUGAUUGGACCAGCCAACUCUCAAUCAUUGGACAAGAUCACUCUUAUCUGAGACCUUAUUGGGUCAUAAUACAGAUGGCAAGGACUUGACUACGAAUGUGAUCAGAAGCAUUUGUACAGCUUCUAGCGCUCAUAUUGAACUACAUAGAUCCACCUGCCUCUACCUCUCCACUGCUGGCCUGGCUACUGGAGACACUUUUAAAGUCAUGCCUUACCAGGUAAUAAAAACAAAAGCAAAAGCAAAUUAAGGGUUUCUUGUUCCGGAAUAGGCAGUUCCAGAGCACCGAGUUAACUCCAGAAUCCCAACGUAUAAUGAAGGCUCGGUCCCCCAAAAACAGGAGCUGGAACAAUACUUUACUGUCAGAGGUUCUGCUUACUGGACCACAGGUCCUCUGGACACCGGGCUGGACCGGUCUCCUCUAAGGCAUUCAAUAAUAUUAGUAAUUAAAUAGCAACGCUCAUCCCCCAAACCGGAAUGUACAACAGGUGUCCCAUUGUGCCAUGUGGUCCCGUGGGGUCUGGUCCCAUGAGGUCUGGUGCUCAAGAGAUGGAUGGGGGGGUCCCUGAUGCAAAGGGUGGGUUAAGGCCACAAAGAAAAUGGAAUGGGGUGUGGGUGCAGCUGAGCCGGUCCAU